CGGGCGGGGCGGGGCUCGGCAGUCCCGGCGCGCUGCCGCCGCGUGGAGCCGAGCUGCGUGUUCCCGAUCCCUGCUCCCAUUUCCCUGCUGCUCCCUGCUGCUCCCGGCUCCCGGCUCCCGGCUCCCUCCGCCGCCCCGAGCCGUGCCCCCGCUGCGGGCCGGCGGCGCGGGGAUGGGCGCGGGGCUGUGAGCGCGGCCGUGAGCCGUGGCCAUGGGGAACAUCUCCUCCAACAUCUCCGCCUUCCAGUCCUUGCACAUCGUCAUGCUGGGCCUGGAUUCCGCGGGCAAGACCACGGUGCUCUACCGCCUCAAGUUCAACGAGUUCGUCAACACCGUGCCCACCAUCGGCUUCAACACGGAGAAGAUCCGGCUCAGCAACGGGACGGCCAAGGGCAUCAGCUGCCACUUCUGGGACGUGGGCGGCCAGGAGAAGCUGCGCCCGCUCUGGAAGUCCUACAGCCGCUGCACCGAUGGCAUCAUCUACGUGGUGGACUCAGUGGACGUGGACCGGCUGGAGGAAGCCAAAACGGAGCUGCACAAGGUGACCAAGUUCGCGGAGAACCAGGGCACCCCGCUGCUGGUCAUCGCCAACAAGCAGGACCUGCCCAAAUCGUUGCCGGUGGCCGAGAUCGAGAAGCAGCUGGCCCUCCACGAGCUGACCCCUUCCACCACCUACCACAUCCAGCCCGCUUGCGCCAUCAUCGGCGAGGGGCUGACGGAGGGUAUGGACAAGCUCUACGAGAUGAUCCUCAAGCGCAGGAAGUCCCUCAAGCAGAAGAAGAAGCGGACAGACAAUAGUGGUGAUAACAAAGCGGCUCCCGACAUCCCGGAGCUCCCCUCUCCCACCGCCCCGUGCUCUUGAGGGUCUGAUCCGGACUCCUUUGGUCUGGAAACAUGGAAAAACGGGAUGAAUCCCCCCUCUCCAUCCUCCAGGACCACCGAGCCUUUGUGUGCCGGGGAACCAACAGGGCAGGACCCUGUUGAAGUGCGUUCGAGCGGAGCCCAGCGUGCUUUCGGAUCUUUAGCGUGGGCGUUUGGGGGCAUUCGGGGGUGUCGAUGCCAGCUCCCCACAUGCAUUUUGGGGCGGGGGUGCGGAUGCAUCGUGGCUCGGCAAGGUCAGCGGGGAGGGGGCUUCCAGCCCUGAUCCCUGCAUCCCUGGAUCCCUCCCCCGCGGGUGGCGGUGGGAAGGGGUGGUGAAAGCUUGGAGGUUGGGUUGGGACAGCAGAAAAUGCCUUGGAGGGGUGGGUGUGAUUAGGUAAGGGGACAUCCACCCACCCUGGCCGGUGUUUUAGGGUGCAGAGCAAGGACGGGCAGCCUGUGGGGCGGGGGGGAGGAUGCGACACUGGGGUGCUGAGCAGCUGCUGAAUGGUGCAGAGCUUUAAGCUCUUGGCUCAAAAAAGGGGUGGAGAAAGGAAAAACAUACCCGAGGGUUUGGGGUGAACGCUGCUGGAGGCGUUGGGGAGGGUUGUGCAGGACCCCCAUUUCUGAAAGGCUCGGGGGUGUCACCUUCCUGCAGCAAAGCCCCCCGCAGGUGUGUAUUGUCCCCAUGCACAGGGUGCUCCCAGCAGGUGAUCCGAACAAGGGGUCACUUAGUAAAACCCCCCAAAAAGGCAGAGUUUGGGGUUCUGGCUGCUGUGCUGCUCUGCAGUGGGGCAGGAGGCCAAAUCGCGGGGGGGUGGGGUUGGUCGUGGCAGGGGAGGAUGGAUGGAUGGAUGGAUGGAUGGAUGGAUGGAUGGAUGGAUGGAUGGAUGGAUGGAUGGAUGGACGGACAGAGAUGGCCAGAGCCUACAAAAAAUCUCUGCUGGAAAGGGAAGAUGGCAGGGGGUGAAGAGGAAUGGGGGUGUGGGGUUUGUGGUAGGUUUCUAAUAAAGAUUUAAACCUGAUUAAAAGCCCCUUGCUUCCCCCAGUAGCCACAUGGGCAAGCUCUGCCUGCAGAGCAGCCUGAGCGCCCGGGCAGGGCCGGGCCUGCCCGCCUCCUCCUGCAGGUGAACAUUUUGCUACCUGCGUGGGGCUGGGAACCAAAAUCCACUUGCUGCCUGUGUUUCAGCCCGGGAUCUGGCUCUCUGGGGUCCUGGCUUCCCACAGAGCUGAAGCAGGGGCCAAAUAUCCUGAAUCCGGAGGCAGGCAGAAUUUCUGGUGAUUUUACACCAGCUUUCUUGUUCGCAAACCCCUUCCCAGAGCAGCCAAGGGGAAAGCACCAAGCAGACAAAAGCAAAACGCCCUUCGGGUUUCAGGGAGUUGAUCCUCCCCUUGCAGCAACAAGCACCUUCCAAACAGCAUUUUUGGGGGGCAGGGGGGUUUGUUAUGGAACAAAUGUUGCAGCCGAGUCGUGUUUUUUCUCCUCUUGCGGGGUUUGAGUUCCCGGCGCGAGUCCCGAUUUGUGUGGGCUGGUCCCAUCCGUUCAGGUGGCUCUCUUCCCGCUUCCUCGGGUUUCCUUGCUUUGUCUUCACCUCCAACACUUUGGUACUUGCUGUCAAGAGAGAGAGAAAAAAUAAUUAUUUAUUUUUGAUGCCACAGAAGCCACAUGUAUUAACCCUUUUCUGGGAGAGCGACCUGUUUGAAAUGUAAAAGCUGUAUUGACCCCAGCAGCUCCAGAGGGAUCAGGUUUUAGGAAUGACACGUGCAGGCUGUUAGUGGUGCGUUUUUUCACCUCCUGGUUUAGCAAAUGCUGGCUAUGGAAAGGCUGUUUUUACAGAGCUGGGUCCUUCCUGGCAGCUCGUUCCACCCAGCUGAGCAUCCCCUUGGAGAGAUGGCAGACCGCUGGAAGGUUCGCCUGGGCCGGGUGGGACGCUGUGCCCGUGCCCUUGCCAGCCACUCUGCUUUCUGCAAUAAUUAAAAAGACUUUUCCAACGAGUA